GAGGCGCCCCGCCCCUCGGCGGCUUCAGGUGCGGCGGUAGGACCUGGGCCGGGGCCGGGGCCGGGGCUGGGGCGCCAUGGCCGAGUCCCAGCUCGGCUGCCUGGACGAGGCGCACGUGAACGAGAGGGUGACCGCGGCGCAGGCAGCCUUCUACUACUGCGAGCGGCGGCGGGCCGCGCUCGAGGCGCUGCUGGGCGGCGGCGAGCAGGCCUACCGCAAGCGGGUCAAGGAGGAGCAGCUGCGGGACUUCCUCUCCAGCCAGGAGCGUCAGGCCCUCAGCGCCGCCUGGAGCCCCUACGAAGAAGUCGCCGCCGCCGCCCGGGGCAAGAGCAAGGCCGAGGCCGAGACCCCGACGCAGGCCGCGGCCGAGCCCGGCGAGUCCCUGGCCUACUGGCCCGACCGCUCCGACACCGAGGUGCCCCCGCUGGAGCUGGGCUGGACCGAAGCAGCCUUCUACCGCGGCGUGAGCCGCGUCACCCUCUUCACUCACCCUCCUAAGGAGAAGGCGCCCCACCUGAAGCAGGUGGUCCGGCAGAUGAUCCAACAGGCCCAGAAGGUCAUUGCUGUGGUCAUGGACCUCUUCACUGAUGGUGAGAUCUUCCAAGACAUUGUGGAUGCUGCCUCCAAGCGCCGCGUGCCAGUGUACAUCAUCCUGGACGAGGCGGGCGUGAGGUAUUUCCUGGAGAUGUGUCAGGGCCUGGAGCUUGCUGACUUCCGUAUUUGGAACAUCCGUGUCCGCUCUGUGACAGGUGUUGGCUUUUACAUGCCCAUGGGGAAGAUCAAGGGGACCCUGUCAUCCAAGUUCCUAAUGGUAGAUGGUGAUAAAGUAGCCACUGGAUCCUACAGAUUCACCUGGAGUUCCUCCCAUGUGGACAGGAACCUUCUCCUCCUCCUGACGGGGCAGAACGUGGAGCCCUUCGACGUGGAGUUCCGGGAGCUGUACGCCAUCUCCGAGGAGGUGGACUUGUACCAGCAGCUGGGCCUGGCAGGAGGCGCUGGCAGGCUGGGCCUCAACUACUCCUCCACUGUGGCUCGCAAGUUUAUCAACCCCAAGUACACCCUGGUGGCAGGCAGCCUCCACCCACCCGGGGAGAUGAUGCGCUGGGCUGCCCGGCAGCAGCAGGAGGCCAGCCGCAAUGCAGAGGGGCAGGAGGAGGGCAGCAAGGGCGGCGAGUCAGCACGGCGCCUGGAGAGUUUCCUGCACGACCUGGUCACGCUGGAGCAGUUGCUGCCCCCCGUGGAGCCCAUUCUCUCGGGAGAGCUGAGUCGGGAUGGCAGGGUGGUCUACCACCUGUGUGUGGACCUGAAGCCCAGACCCCGGGAGGCCCUUGCCCGAAAUGGCAGGGGAGCAGCUGCCAAUGGGGAGGCCAAGGAGGGCAGGCACUUCAGCAGCAGGUUCUUCAGCCGGCGGUCCAAGAGGCCCGCAGCGCCCAAUAGCACGGCCAGCGCCCUCUCCCCCGAGGCCUUGGCCGAAGCGGAGUUUAUGGCGGGGAAGAGGCCCAACCAGGGCUCCAGUGGCGAUGUCUCAGGUAAAACAAGUUCCAGUCCUGCCAAGGCCAGCAAUUGUGUGAUUUUGUGA